UGUCACUAAAAAGUCAACACUAAUAACAAGUGCAUCAGUAAUCCGUAGUUCAAAAAAGGUUUAUGAAGAGGCUCCGAUAAAAAUCAUGUUCACAAUGUUCGUAUAAUAAAAACAAUGAAAUCGAAUUAAAGUACGUUGAAGGUAGCUUCUAAAUUGAAUUGAUUAAAUGUACCUGCGAGAGAAAAUAAUGAUAUUUAUUCAAUCGAAGGUUUUCAAGAAAUAUACAAAUGGAAGAGAAUAGUUCUGAAACGAAUCAACGGAUAAAAGCCUUAGAAUGUCUAGGAACAAAUGAAGAUGAGGCAGAUAAAAAAAUAUCAUUAAUUGAGGAAUGGAUCGAAGGAAAAAAUUUCCCAGAAAAAUUGAAAAAAAAUAUAAUAGAAAUGUUUCUUAUACGGAACAAAUUCAAAGUUGAUGUAACUCAGAAGAGAAUCGCAAUGUACUAUAAAAUCAGAUCACAAAUACCAGAGUUUUUCGAAGAAAAACAUCCAAGAGAAAAUCAUAUGAAGCAAGUCAUGAAUGUUUCGCAUUUCGUUUUCUCACCGAAACUUACACCAGAGCUUUAUACUGUGAAUUUCUUCAGACUAAUCGAUGUGAAUCCUAAGAGUUUCAUUCCAAAUGAUUUUUGUGGAUUUGUUGUUAAUAUUGCAGAGUUGAAACUGGUGCACGAUGUUUACUCGCUUGGUGAUAUUUAUGUAUGUGAUCUAAAAGGGACCUCGUUCAGUCAUCUUUACUAUUUCGGAGUUGGAACCCUCAGAAAACUCGCCAAAGUGAUCCAGGAGGCCUUUCCAGUUUCCAUUAAAGCAAUCCAUUUCGUCAAUUCUCCAGGUUAUAUGAAUACAUUGAUAGCUAUCAUAAAAAAUGUACUGAAUCCUAAAAUAUUCAAAAGGAUACACGUUCAUGAAAAUUGCGAAGAUGUAGCGAAUUUUGUGUCUAAGGAUAUAUUACCCAAAGAGUUUGGUGGAGUUGGGGCUCCUUUGGAUGAUCUAAGUGAUUUACUGAGAGGGAAGUUCCUCGAAUUUCAGAGCAGGUUUGAUGAAUUAGAAAAAGUGAAUGAAAAAAUGAAGAAGAAAUGAAUCGAUUACUUACCGAAUUACUGUAGGAUAAUUAUUAUGAAUAAUUUUGUAGAAGAUAUUUUUAUUAAAAAUGAGAAGGAUAAA